AUGGCCCCAAAGAACGAACCUGAUCUGCGCAGGAAACGUGGCCGCCCUCCCCGCGUGGACACGCCUAUGGAAACACGCAUCAAAACCAUUCUCAAAGGGAUCCGCAAGUUCAAGGGUGCCGGUGGCCACUUGAAGAUCACCCACUUUGAACGACUCCCCGACAAGGCGACUUACCCCGACUAUUACAUGGAGAUCAAGGAACCCAUCGCGAUCGACAUUAUCAAACGCAAGUCCAAGCGCAAGAAGUACACCUCCGUCGACCAUUUCAUGCGCGAUCUCGACCUGAUGUUUGAAAACGCAAAGACUUACAACCAGUCCGAUAGCCAAAUCUUCAAGGACGCCGUUGACCUGCAAACCGAGUCACGAAAACUGGCUGAUGCGGAGAAGAAGAGGCCUGACAGUGAUUUCCUGAUGGAAGACGGGCGUUUCCCACUUCCCGACGGUAUCCUCCAUCGGGGAGAGCUAUGGAAGGUCGGCGACUGGGUCCACAUCCAGAACCAAAACGAUGUGACCAAACCAAUUGUUGCCCAGAUCUACCGGACCUGGCAGGACUCGGAUGGCGAGAAGUGGAUCAACGCAUGCUGGUACUACCGACCUGAACAAACGGUACACCACUUCGAAAAGCACUUCUAUCCUAACGAAGUUGUGAAGACCGGCCAAUACCGCGAUCAUCGGAUUGAUGAAAUCGUGGAUCGUUGCUUCGUCAUGUUCUUCACUCGCUACAGCAGAGGUCGUCCCAGAGACCUGGGGCGUGACAAAGAGAUCUAUGUGUGCGAGGCACGAUAUAACGAGGAGAAACACAAACUAAACAAGAUCAAGACGUGGGCCAGCUGCUUACCAGAUGAAGUGCGAGAGAAGGACUACGAAAUGGACUUGUUUGAUGUGCCCCGCAAGAUCAAAAAGAUCCCAACUCCGAUCAAGGAUCUUCUCAAAGAAGACUCCAAGGAAACCGAUGAUCUCCCCCAGCCAACCUGGGGAGCCGACAAUGCACCCCCAGUCGUUGGCGCCGUUCACCGCCGCCCACGAGAUGAGAAUGAAUCUCCACCACCCGAACCCACCCCAUCUCCACCCCCUCCUUCUUUACCCCAGUCUGUAGUACCCCGUCAGUCAAUGGGGCAGACACUGCCUAUCACAGCCAUGAGCCCUGGCACAGCUGCCCUCCAGGCGCGAUCCCCCGCGGCCCCAAUUGCCAUUCAAACAUCCCCUGCCCCAUCUUCACCGGCCUUCCAACCCCAAAUGACCCAAGCUCAGCUGUAUCAAGCGUCUCUGCAGCGGCGUGCAAGCAACUUUGCCACGCCACAGACACCAGGUGCCUACCAGCCUUCGCCGGCACAGCAAACCCCUUAUAAUGGCUACUCAAGUGCACGUGUACAAGCGCCGCCUGCGGCAUACAAUCCCAACGCUCCACGCCCAAUCGAAGUCUUUCAUCUGAGCGAUGCUGCCAACGCUACAAUCUCGGAAGAUAUUCGCCGCAACUUCCAUUGCGAUGAUCAAGGUCGUUUGCUGUUCUUCUCCACUCCGCCAGUGGACUACAUCCCCUCUGCGCCACAAAAGCUUGGCCAUUCCCUCAAGUACCUUGCUGCUAAAGAGAGUCAUCAAGUGAAGGUGCAAGAGCGCAAGCGCAAGCUCGCGGAAGAGAAACAAGGGCGUGACGAUGAUGCAAAGCGUCGUCGCGCCGAUCUAGAGACGGUUCUUGCGGAACGUGUCGAAGGGCUCACCGGCAAGGCUUUUGAGACCCUUGUCAGCAAGGUUGUUGCUGGUACCGCAGAAUUAACAGACUCUCUGAGCAGAGGCCGACACGAUGGGGCCAUCGAUGUUAAUGUCAUGCGUCAGCGUGGUCUCUUGGCCGAUCGUGCCAAGGAACAGACUCAGCAGAUCCAGGAUCAAUCAAGGACCGAGGGUUUGGUCAAUCUGAAAGGUACUGCGGUGUACUUGGAUGAGGUUUAG